AAUUAGUUACUCUAUAGAUUUUGUUCAUAAAAUCCUUUGCAGUGCAUAAAAUUAAUUUAAGAUUUUUUCUGGAUAUCUAUCCACUUGUACGGCUAAUAACUAAUUUUUUUAAUUUCUUGGUGAUAUUGUAAAGUGUGUUAUUACUUCCAAAAGUGUAUGUGAUCGAUAUUUUCUCGUAGUGUGAUAGAGGUAGAGGAUAUACGCUUAUUAACAAAAGUUUAAUUAAAUCGCAAUCUUGGAGAGGUAUUACAAAAUGAUGGACGGUGGAGUGGUGCACCCUCAGUCGGGGGGUAUGCACCCAGGUGUACUGCACGGCAUGCCGAUGCACGGAGCCGGCCCAGACGGCGAGCACGUGCCUCACGGGCCACGCCGACGAUUUCAGAAUCGUCCCAAGCAACCCAACAAUUUGGAACGUCUGCCUUUGGAUGAGGCUGCUAAAAGGGAAAUGGAAGCUCUUCCUAUGAAAACUCCUGUUUCUGUCUUACAAGAAUUAUUAGCUCGCCGUGGAACUGUGCCAAAGUAUGAGCUGGUACAGAUUGAGGGAAUGAUCCAUGAGCCUACUUUCCGCUACCGUGUAACUGUUGCUGAUUUAGUCGCUAUGGGAACAGGGAGAUCUAAGAAAGAAGCGAAACACUCAGCAGCUAAGGCUUUGCUGGACCGUCUCACUGGUGCAGCCCCUCCUGAACCACCAACUAAUGGAAAUGUGCCUGAACCUGGUGCAGCGGUGUCAUUGUUUGAGGACAAGCUUAUGGGCAAUCCUGUGGGCUGGUUGCAGGAGCUCUGCAUGUCUCGCUUCUGGCCACCCCCUUCCUAUCAUGCUGAGAAUGAUGAUAAUGUUAAUAGGCGUCUGCCUCAUGAGCGUCAGUUCACUAUCGUCUGUACGCUGUUGAAGCGUCGCGAGGUGGGUACGGGCAAGUCCAAGAAAUUGGCGAAGCGCCAAGCCGCUUACAAGAUGUGGCAGGCGCUGAAGGAUAACCCUCCGGAAUCCUUCCAGAAUGAGGAAGAGGGUGUCGCGUCGCGCUAUGCCGAUUUGAAAGAUAGUAAAAUCUCCACACUCACAACAAGUCACAGCCACAAGGUGUCGCAGUUCCACAAACAUCUUAAGCAAUCUAUCGGCCCUAACCUGGCCAAGUUGCAGAUCACUCCAUUGAAUAACAAGGAUUUCAACUUUGUCCAAUUUCUGCAAGAGAUAGCUUCCGAGCAAGCAUUUGAAGUGACAUAUGUUGAUAUUGAAGAGAAGUCUAUGACGGGCCGUUCUCAAUGCCUCGUGCAGUUGUCUACUUUACCGGUGGCUGUUUGCUAUGGAUCUGGCUUGACCAGCAAGGACGCUCAGUCCUCGGCUGCCCAGAACGCUCUGGAGUAUCUGAAAAUUAUGACGAAGAAGUGAGAUUUCUCGAACGUGCGACAUCCGUUUCUCAUUUCUAAGUGGCAACCAGUGCUUCUCUGAGUGAAUUUAUUUUUGAACACUCGAUAGCAAUUAUAUGCUCCCAGUUAAAUGUUUAAAUAUAUAAAUAGGCCCAUUCAUAUGAAUUUGAAGACUAUGUCUUAUGUUUUUUAAUUGAAAACUAAAUGUAGACAUUUACUGGCAAAUAAGAUUUAAUUCUAAAUAAAUAAUGCAAGUAUAAUCAAUCAGUAACAGCGGGACUGUAUACAAAUGUCUAUAUGUAUAUUUUAAUUUAUUUUGGCCUGUCUAUGUGUAUAAAUGUUUGAUGUAUUAGUUUUGAGCAAUAUUUUGUAGAGAACACGGUGCCACUGCGAUGUUUAUCUCGUGAUGUCGCCGGGACUGAAGCUGUAUCUUCACUACUCCCAUACGACCGGGCUUCACUUCGGGCUAUGCUGUAUAACUGGCAUAUUUGCAGUGUAUAUAUGUGUAGCAACUUUCAAAUGUAUUCUUAGUAUAUCGUAUGUAUAAUUAAUGUUUUCAUGUAUUUUCAAUUCUAUAACUGACAUUUACAAAUGUAUUCUUUUUAUAUCAUUUGUAUAUUUAGUGAUUGCGUGUAUUUACAUUUGUAUAUCUUAUAUGCAAAUUGGUAUAUUCGUAAUGUAGUUUAAGUAAAUAACCAGUCAAAAUUAUUUAUUUAUUAGGA